GCUGCAGUGAAGAGAAACAGACGAGCGUCUGUUUACAUUAAAACCUCAAUAUAGAAGAAAACAAGUGAGAUAUUUAGUGUUUUUCUUGAUUUCACAAGCGUUUUCUCAGGUAAUGGUUUCAUUCUCGGCUGUCUCAUGGAUCUAGUGCAGUUUUAUCACCCGGAAUCCUUUUCCUUCCCUUCUGAACAUAACAACUUCCUGGACGUGAUGUCAAUCAACAGCCACUGUCCCACCUACAUCAAGACCGAACCAUCAAGUCCUUCCUCCCUGUCGGACAGUCUGACCCAGCACAGUCCCGGGGCAUCGUCAGAUGCUGGGAGCAGCUACAGUUCAGUAACUAAAGGGAUCCCAACAGGUCUGGACUCGCCCGGUUCAUACUCUGCAGUUGAGGCAGUGCUCAGGCCUCCCGGCGCCCCCUGCAGGCUGCUGGAGCAAACGCAGGUGAAGAGCGGACACGGGCUGAACUCAGGCCCCAAACGCCUGUGUCUCGUGUGUGGAGACGUUGCAUCUGGGUUUCACUAUGGAGUGGCUUCCUGCGAGGCCUGCAAAGCCUUUUUCAAACGCACCAUUCAAGGUAAUAUAGAGUACAGUUGUUCAGUCAGCAGAGAUUGUGAGAUCACUAAAAGGAGGAGGAAGUCCUGUCAGGCCUGCCGCUUCACUAAGUGUCUGUCUGUGGGAAUGCUGAGAGAAGGUGUGCGUUUGGACCGGGUGCGAGGAGGAAGACAGAAAUAUAAGAGGAGAAUUGACUCUGGUUCCAGCGUCUACCUCAGCGUACCGCCACCUCACAGAAAACCACCGUCCUGCAGAGGUCAGGGGGAGAAUAAGGUGGUGACCCUCCUGUUGGGGGCGGAGCCAGAGAAGGUGUGUGCCAUGCCUGACCCCGCCCUCCCUGACAGUGACAUCAAAGCUCUGACGACCCUGUGUGACCUCGCCGACAGAGAGCUCGUGCUGAACAUCAGCUGGGCCAAACACAUACCAGGUUUCUCCAGUCUCUGUCUGUCGGAUCAGAUGAGUCUCCUGCAGAGCGCUUGGAUGGAGAUCCUGAUCCUGCGCGUGGCUUUCAGCUCGCUGCCCUGCGAGGACAAGCUGGUGUUUGCGGAGGAUUACAUCAUGGAUGCUGAACAGGCAAAAUCAGCAGGUCUGCUGGAGCUCCACAUGGCCAUAUUACAGCUGGUGCGCAGGUACAGAUCCAUGAGGCUGGAGAGAGAAGAGUUCGUCACUCUGAAAGCCAUCGCUCUCGCCAACUCAGACUCGAUGCAUAUAGAGGACGUGGAGGCCGUUCAGGGUCUUCAGGACUCUCUCCAUGAGGCUCUGCUGGAUUACGAGUGUGUCCAUCACAGGGAGGACCCUCGACGGACGGGGAAACUCAUCAUGACCCUUCCGCUCCUCCGCCAGACCUCUGCCAAAGCCGUGCGGCACUUCUUCAGCAUCAAACAGGACGGACGCGUCCCCAUGCACAAACUAUUUCUGGAACUUCUGGAGGCCAAUGUCUGAUCCUUAACCCGACUGGACCAUCAAACUGAGGUGACACAAACGGCUGAAAGGAUUGUUCACAAAUCCAUGGGGAAAAACAGGCGCUUGUCAUGACAUAACAAUAGUACAGGAUAUACUCCAACAAAUACAGUUUCAUAUAGUUGAGGACUGAGAGAGAACUAACAAAAAAAAGAAGUAUCAAAUAUAUACUGCUGUUCAUAAUUGGUUGGUAAGAUUUUUUUUUACAUUCUAUUCAUCCAAGAAUCCUGAAAAAUUUUCCACAAAAAAUCAGCAGCAUGACUGUUUUCAACAUUUAUAAUAAUCAGAAAUGUUAGCGCAGCAAA